UAUCCACGUGCGAGUCUGGGCUUUACUUUCCUGCUUCGCUCCUAUUCUAUUCGCAAUUCCUCUCUCUAUCUCUGCAAUUACCUAACCCUAAACCCUAAUUUUUGUCAAUAUUUUUCCAUAUCCAGAGAUUAGUGUAGGUUCGGGUCUUUAAUGCUUUGUCUGUACGGUUCUGAUACGCUGAGCUUCGGGAAGUCGAGCUUCGAGGUCGAUAAUGGAGGUCUUGAAGGACGAUUUCUCGGAGGUAGAGAUUGGGAGUUCCGUUGACUCGUUCCAGAGGUUCGUGGAAUCGCAGAGGGAGCUCUUCCACAGCCAGAUCGACCAGCUCCAGAAAAUCGUUGUCACCCAGUGCAAGCUCACCGGCGUCAAUCCUCUCUCCCAAGAAAUGGCAGCUGGUGCUUUGUCAAUAAAAAUUGGUAAAAGGCCUAGAGAUUUGCUAAACCCUAAGGCUGUAAAAUAUAUGCAAUCAGUUUUUUCUAUUAAAGAUGCUAUUAGUAAGAAGGAAUCCCGUGAGAUCAGUGCUCUUUUUGGCGUUACAAUUACACAGGUUCGUGAUUUUUUUAAUAGUCAACGUUCAAGAGUAAGGAAACUAGUCCGGUUGUCAAGGGAGAAGGCCAUGAGACCCAGUGCAUGUAAACAACCUAAUGAUGGUGCAAUAAUAAGCUCUGAUCCUAUGACACCUAUUGAACCAGUUCCCUUAAACUCUGUUGGUCCUGCCAGCGUUGAAGAAGCACCAUCUUGCUCAACCCAGGAUGAUGCUCUACCUGGCUUAGAUGACGAAGACAAACAUUUUGUUGAAAAUAUUUUCAUUUUGAUGCGGAAAGAAGAAGCAUUUUCUGGGCAGGUGAAACUGAUGGAGUGGAUCCUGCAGAUACAAAAUUCUUCAGUAUUAUGUUGGUACUUGUCGAAUCACUGUUUGAGGUUUUUAACUAAAGGUGGUGUUAUGAUUUUAGCCACGUGGUUGAGUCAAGCAGCAGUUGAAGAGCAAACAAGUGUACUUCUUGUAAUUCUUAAGGUUCUUUGCCAUUUGCCUCUACAUAAAGCUCUUCCAGUACAUAUGUCAGCCAUUCUGCAAAGUGUUAACAGACUGCGGUUCUAUAGGUCAUCAGACAUAUCAAACAGGGCAAGAGUUUUGUUAUCAAGAUGGAGCAAAUCAUUGGCAAGAAGCCAAGCAAUGAAGAAACCUAAUGGCUUGAAAUCUGCUAGUGACAUGCAAAAUGAUUUAAUGCUGAAGCAGAGUAUUGGGGAAAUUAUGGAUGAAGAAUCAUGGCAGUCCAGUAUCGAUGCUCCUGAAGACGAUCUUGCUUCCUCAUAUGGGACUUUAGCGAAUUUAAGGAAAUUGGAAUCUCCGCAAGCACUGAAGCUGUUGCAAGCACCUUCGGAUGAUUCAAGUAGGAAGCAGAUCCUAGGUCUCUCUUCAACCCAAACUAGAGAACGCAGAAAAGUUCAGUUGGUGGAACAGCCGAGCCAAAAAAUGGCAGGAAGAAGCCCGCAGGCCACAAGAGCAGCACAUGUGAAUCAAGGUCGUCCAAUGUCUGCUGAUGAUAUACAAAAGGCGAAAAUGCGUGCUUUAUUCAUGCAGAGCAAGUAUGGGAAAACUAGUUCUUCUAAUGAAAGUAAAGAAGCAAAAACUGAAGGUCUGAACAAAACUUCAACUACUCAGCCCAGCACUUUGACUCCAAUAUCUAAAGCAGCUAUUCGGCCUAAAAUUGAGGAACAAAAGAAACCUGUCAUACUCCCUUCUAAAAUUUCUAAUAGGCCGGAUGCUCCUCUUGAGCUGAAGCUAAGAAUGGAUUUGAAGGAACCCGUAUGGUAUAAGGGCAAGAGGGUUCAGAUCCCAUGGCAGUCACCACCAGAAAUGAAACACAAUGAUCUUUGGAGUGUCGGUGCCGGUGAGAAUAGCAAAGAGGUUGAAUUUCAGAAAAACAGAAAUCGUCGCGAGAAGGAAACCAUCUACCAGACGGUCCAGGAGAUCCCAUCUAAUCCCAAGGAACCGUGGGACAUUGAAAUGGACCACGAUGACACAUUGACCCCAGAAAUCCCAACUGAACAGCUGCCUGAUGCAGAUGCUGCAGAAACACAGGUUACAUCUAAUCAAGUUGUAAACAACGCUGUUUCUUUGGCACCGGCGUUGUCUCAAGUUGGUAAUGCAAGCACGGCCGAACCGGAUCUUGAGUUGCUUGCCGUUUUGCUAAAAAACCCGGAAUUGGUAUUUGCAUUGACUUCUGGCCAAGCUGGCAAUUUAUCAAGUGAAGACACUGUGAAACUACUCGACAUGAUUAAAGCCGGCGGGAUUGGUUUAGCGGGUGGUGGUGUUAAUAUGGUAGGUGGAAAAGGAGAGGACAAGAUCGAAGUUUCACUUCCAUCCCCAACUCCUUCAAGCAAUCCUGGAACGAGUGGAUGGAGACCAGAAGUUGCCAAGGAUUCAUUUUCGCAACAAAGUUCAAUGGCUAACAGAGUUGUGUACGCCACACCGGGAGCGGCUUCUGCCAGCUUGAUGCUGUCUCAAGUCACAGCAGCUAACCUCAUUCCACCUCAACAGCCAGCAAGUGCUCCAUCAAUGGUACAGCAAGUUGCAGCAGCAACAAUGCCUGCUUACUCGCUGCCUCAAAUGACUACCAUCAUACCCGAAAAGCAACUGCCCUCUGUGCACCAGCAUCUCCCUAUCAACUCUUCAACUAGACAAACACCAUAUUCAGAAGUAGUUUUAACCGCGAAGAAUUUAUCUGCCAUGGGCGCACCCUUACAUAACUUACAAACCGGAGAUGCACCGUCGGCAUUGCGGAUCCAAAGCACGAGUAACAUAAAACCUGCACCUGUAUAUGUCACACUGAAUGCACCUUCAAGAGCACCUGCUUCCUUCCCAUCGCAUCCUUUGUCGCAAUCACAGCAUCCCUCAACAGUUUUGCCUGAGCCCCGGCAUUCUGCAGCUCACCCUGUUUCUGAUUCUUGGAGAGCUAGCCAGAGUCAACAUCCAAAUUAUCGUUCCCAAGCCAAUCAAAAUAAUUAUAACACAUUGGUUGGAGGAUCUAGGCAGCCUCUGUUGCAGCCAGGUCCUUCUUGGGAGAGAAACGAGCAUGUGGCUGAAGAAGAAUAUGAAUCAUGGAGUCCGGAGAAUAGUCCUACUAGAACUUCUGACUACACGUCGGGAAGGAAUUUCCCGGAUUCGGAACCUAGAACAAACCCCGGAUGGAAUCAUAGGCCGGACCGACCUAGACAACGGAACUUUUCUGGAUACCGGGACCAUAAUAGGUAUGGAGACAGAAAGUGGCGUGACCGGAGGCAUUGAGUUUGUACUUAUAUUCGGCUUGGUCUUAAAACUGCCUGACUGACUAUAUUCCAGGUAGAGUGGAUUUGUUUAAUGGAGUUUCACUUGGGAGGCAUAUGGAGGUGGAGUUGGAAGUUUCGGGCUUGGAAAGGGUUUUGGGGUGAGGACUUCAUUAGCGACAAUCGCAGCAGCGAUCCAAUGUGUUCAUAACUUUUGAUUAUUUAACCGAGUAAAAAGCAUCAAAAAACUUGCCAAAAUUUUCCUCUUUUUGCGCACAAAAACCAAGCUGGAACAAUUAGGCUCGCUUGGCCCAUCUAAACAACUAUAGUUUCCAAAUUACAUAAAUAAAAACUAUGAUUAUACUCGUAUUCAAUUUACUUCUAAGCUCAUGAGUUUUUACUGCAAACUUUUUACGAUUAUUAGAGCUGGUGGAAAGCUGACCUUGAAAGGCUUGAGGACAUUUAUUUAGAUAAAUGAGAAUUACUUCUCAAAUUAACCUUAGAAAAAAAGAAAAAAAGAAAAAAAGGAAAAAGGAA